AAAAAAAAUUUUUUUUUAUCUGAUUUACAAUGGCUGCUCUUCCUAUUUCUAACAAAGAAUGCCUACCGUGGAUUGUCCAAAAAUUUGGCGGGACAAGCGUUGGAAAAUUUUUAGAAAAUAUCACAGACACCAUUGUAAGAUCUCAUUUAGAAAAGCACCGAGUUGCAUUAGUUUGUUCUGCACGCAGUGGUAAUACAAAGACGGAGGGAACCACUAAUAGAUUAUUUAAAGCUUCUGAAGAAGCACUUAAGCAUGGUUCCAAAGAAUAUGUUCGUAUUGUAGAUGAGAUUUACGAAGAUCAUGUUAAAGCUUCUCGAGAAAUUAUUAUUAAAAAUGAAAUUUUUAAAGAAUUAGAAAAUCAAUUGCUUCAAGAUUGUACAAAGCUCAAAAGUUUUUUAGAUGCUGCACAACUCAUUGAUGAAAUAUCACCUCGCUUGAAAGACAGUAUUAUUGGGGUUGGAGAAAUACUGUCUUGUCGUAUUAUCGUAGCUGCGUUACAAGAUAAGGGAAUAAAUGCUGAAUUUGUUAAAUUAGACAAGAUUAUUAAUUUAGAUAAUAUUAUUGAACAAGGCUUCGAUGCUAAUAAUUUAAAUCAAAAAUUUUACGAUUAUCUGUCACAGAAAAUUGCAGAUGCAGUUAAUAAAUGUGGAAAUAAGAUACCUGUUAUUACUGGAUAUUUUGGAAUGGUACCGGGAGGUAUUAUUGAUAGUAUUGGACGAGGUUAUACGGAUUUAUGUGCAGCACUUUUAGCAGUAGGACUUAAAGCUAAAGAACUUCAAAUUUGGAAAGAGGUUGAUGGAAUUUUUACGGCAGAUCCUCGUAAAGUUCCCAAUGCAAGACUUUUAUCGAUCAUUACACCUGAAGAAGCAGCAGAACUUACAUAUUAUGGAUCUGAAGUUAUACAUCCAUAUACAAUGGAACAAGUUAUAAGAUCGGACAUUCCCAUUCGUAUAAAGAAUGUGAUGAAUCCAUUAGGAGAAGGAACAAUUAUUUUUCCUGAUGCACCUAAAAAGUCUAAGAAAGGAUCCCUUAAAAAUGGAUAUCAUAGAAGACAUCCUACUGCUGUUACCAUAAAAAACAAUAUUAUUGUUCUAAAUAUCCAUUCAAAUCGUAAAAUUAUGAGCCAUGGAUUUUUCGCACGAAUUUUUGCAGCUUUAGAUACUUACGGUAUUGUUGUAGAUUUGAUUUCUACAAGCGAAGUCCACGUAUCUAUGGCACUAGGUGCGGAAAUCGUAAAAAAGGAUUUACAAAAAGCAUUAAAAGAAUUAGAAAAAUUAGGCGACGUUGAUGUACUUGAAGGCAUGGCAAUAUUAAGCUUAGUUGGUAAACAAAUGAAAAAUAUGGUAGGAAUUGCUGGUAAAAUGUUUACUACACUUGCUGAGGCAAAUGUGAAUAUCGAAAUGAUUUCACAAGGUGCGUCAGAAAUUAAUAUAUCAUGUGUUAUUAAUGAAUUUAAUGCUGACAAAGCAUUAAAAAUUAUUCACGACCAAUUAUUACCCCUAUCUCCACCCGCAUUAUUACUUCACGAUCAAUUAUUACCCCAAUCUUCGCCAACUUUAUCACUUCACGUACCCAAAGCUCCGCCUGCUUUAUCAAUUCACGACCAAUUGCUACCCUAAGUCCCGCCUACUUCAUUACAUUUAAUAAUAAUCUUAGAUAGAGUUUUAAUGUAAUAGUGUAAUAAAAAAUAUAUAUCAAAAUUUCUUUGAAAAAAACAACAACAAUAAUAAUAAAAAUCUCAUCACGUGA